AUGGUGAAGCUGGCUCCUCCAGUUGCUGCCAGAAGUCAAGAUUUGCUAGCCUGUGAAACCUGUGGAAGACAUUUUGCACAAGAUGUUCUGUUAAGGCACGAGCCAAUAUGCAGGAAAGUCUUCAACAAAAAGCGCAAACCUUUCAAUUCUUUGAAACAGAGACUGCAGGGAACUGAAAUUCUCUCAGUGAAGAAACAGCCACCACCAAAGAAACAACCAGAAAAGAAAUCUAACUGGAGACAGCGGCAUGAGGACUUUAUUAAUGCUAUUCAGUCAGCCAAGCAAGUCACAAAAGCCAUGAAAGAGGGCCGACCCCUUCCUCCUCCUCCACCUCCAAGCGUCAAUCCAGACUAUAUUCAGUGUCCUUACUGCUUGAGAAGGUUUAACGAAGCUGCAGCAGAGAGGCACAUCAGUUUUUGCAAAGAACAAGCUACACGACGUGUCUUUGCACCAGGCCAGAAAGCAGCCAAACAGGCCCCGGCAAACUGCUUGUGUUCUCCUCACCAGGGCAAGCAACAAAUGACUCAAAGGAGAGAGCCAGCCUUAACAAGUGCUGUGGAAUCACUGCUUCAGAACAGAGCCCAAGACGCUGCCAUUGCAGGCCCUGCUGUGCAGUCCUCUGCUGAAAUGCCAGAGAGAACCAAAAAAACAUCUGGUGUGCCCUUUGGAAAAAAUACUUCAGGAGAUUCUCGGUAA